GACGGUGCGGCUGCCGCCGGUGCCAGCCUCCGCCUCUGACGCCAGCGACGACGGCCUGCUACGCCGCCGGCUCGAGGAGAUCCAGGAGGAGAACGAGGAGCUGCAGAGGAAGUUUCAGACGCUGAGCGCCUCCAUGCGGGAGUACCGGCAAACGCUGGGCCAGGCGCAGCGAGACGCCGGCCAGGCGCAGCCGGACGGCGACGCGGCGGCCGAGGUGCGCUCGGCAGAGCUGGCCGACGUGCGGCAUCAGCUGGCCAAGUAUAAGAAGUACGCCAAGGAGCUGAAAAAGACCAAGGAGAACCUGCUCUCCACUGUACAGACGAUGGAGGACACGCACGCGGCCGAACUGAAGGCGUUGAGGGAGGAGCACGAGACGCAGCUGUCCCAGGUGCUGGCGCAGGUCACCAGCGAGACAGAGAUCCUGGGUACCUUUCGUGCCGACGCCGAGGCGGUGCAGCUUUGCCUAGCGCAGCGAGCGCAGGAGAACGCCGAGCUGCGGCGGGCGCUGGCCGAGCGGGACGCCGAGGUGGAGCGUCUCGCCGCCCUCAACCAGUCGCUGCACGACCUGGCCGUACGCCAGCUGCAGCAACUGGCCAGCGCCGAGCUGCCGGCGUUGGGCCCGCUCGUGUCCAAGCUGCAGUCGCUGCCGAGGCUGAGCGAGCAGCUGACCGGCCUGCAGGAGGGGGCCAGUCUCGCCUCUCAGGCGCUGUCGGCCUGA